AUGGUGCUGCUGAGUCCAACAAUCAGGGCAAUGAGAAACUUACUAGCUUGUUGUGAGUCAUACGCUCUGACGCAUGGCCUAGUAUAUAAUGUGGCAAAAAGUGAAUACUUGGUCUUUGGGGCAGGUGGUGGUAAAUAUCCAGAGGUCGUACCUGUAAUUAAACUGAAUGGUACUGAACUAAAACGCGUCUAUCAAUUUAAAUAUCUAGGUCAUUAUGUGACUGCCGACCUUAAGGAUCAAGUGGAUAUAGAGAGGGAGCGUAGGGCGCUGGCAGUCCGAUGUAAUAUGGUGGCGCGAAGGUUUGCUCGUUGUAGCAAGCAAGUAAAAGUAACGCUUUUCAAAGCCUACUGUCAAGUGUUCUAUACGUGCAGCCUUUGGACCAACUAUACGCAGCGGGCUGUCAGUGCUUUGCGCGUCCAAUACAAUAAUGGAUUCAGGAUGCUGAUGGGGCUGCCUCGUUUCUGCAGUGCAUCUGGUAUGCUUGCUCAGGCAGGAGUUGAUGGAUGCCAUGCCAUCAUAAGAAAAAAGUCUGCUUCGCUGCUCUGCAGACUGAGAGCUAGCUCCAACUCCAUCCUGGGCACCAUAGCAUGGAGAUUUGACUCUCCGCUGUUACUAGGAAUUGUUCGUAGAUGCAUUUCGAACAAUAACCUAGUAACAAAAUAA